AUUUUCUCUUUCAGGAAGAAGAGCGCGUCAUCGUCAGAGCGUUGACAACAACGGGGACAGUGGCAUAAACAUCGGAUCGGUCGGCAGAAAUUCACCUUUUCUUGCCACUGGAAAUCACACUAAAAGGGUUGUCUCACAAUGUCAUCACCAUCUCUGACUUGACGGAGCUCCUCCAGAGCCACAGAAGACACAUUACGCAACGGUUUUCACAGGCUGGACAAAUGAAGUGACCACCAGGAGACAAUGUCAUCGUUCCAGGUGGUGGACUCAUCGCCGGGCAGCAGCGUCAGCGUCAUGGAAACGUCCAACUUUGCCCAUGUCAUCUUCCAGAAUGUGGGAAAGAGUUUCCUACCCCAGGCACCCUUGGAGUGUCGUUACACCCUGACCCCUUACAUUGCUCCCCACCCCAAAGACUGGGUGGGCAUUUUCAAGGUGGGUUGGAGCACAGCCCGGGAUUACUACACCUUCCUCUGGUCUCCUAUGCCCGAAAACUAUGAACCAGGAAGUACAGUGCACAGGACUGUGGUGUUUCAAGGUUAUUACGUUCCCAAAUCCGACGGAGAGUUUUACCAGUUCUGCUAUGUCACUCACGCUGGUGAUAUCAGAGGGGCCAGCACGCCCUUCCAGUUCAGGUCGGCCACGCCCACCGAAGAGCUGCUGACCGUUACCGAGGACGACAGCAACUCCGACAUACUGGUCGUCACCACCAAGACGGGCCUGCUCGAGCGGGUGGAGGAGGCGCAGCAGGAACGCAGGGAACUGCUGAAGGCCAUGCGCCUCCUGCAGGAGGAGAAGCAGCAGCUGCAGGAGGAGCAGAAGCGCCUCGCCCGGGAAAGGGAGCAGGAGAGGGAGACGUGCUGUCUGCUGCGGACGCAUAACCAGGAGCUGCUGCGCUCGUCGCAGGGCCUGUCGGAGGAGAGGGAGGAGGUGAGGCGGAGGCUGACGGAGGCCACUGACCGGGUCCGCCAGCUGGAGGAGGACCUGCUGGGAGUCACCCAGAGAGGCCUGCAAAAAGAGACGGAGCUGGAUUGUCUGCGCGACCGUUUGAAGAAGCUGACGGUAGAGAGAGACAGUCUGGAGAGCCAGCUGAAGAAUGAGAAGGAUGAGAGGGAUCUCUAUAAGGCCCACCUGCGCAGCACGGAGCUGGAGAACACCAAGCUGAGCGCGGAGCUUCAGAUGCUGAAGGCUGUGGAGCUGAACCGGGAGGUGACCAUCGCUCAGUUUCAGGAGGAGCUGGAUAGGCUCAGGGCCUGCGUUGCCCAACGAGACAGCCUGGAGAAAGAGCUGCUUGCGCACAAAGCCGACAAGGCGGAGCUGGCCCGCGUACGCGAGCAGCUCCGUCAGGCCGAGGAGCAGCUCCAGGCGUCCCGGCAGCAGGCCUCCCUCCUCGCGUCGGAGCUCCGCGACUCAGCCAGCGCCCGUGACCACACGAUGACAGAGCUGUACCGCGCCCGCCUGGAGGCCGACAAGCUCCGUGCCAGUCUCGCUGAUGCUCAGGCCGAGUGCCAACGCAUGGAGAGCCAGUUAGACCGCAUGAGGAGCACUGCACACAAGGAAGUGGGUGUUGGGACCGGUGGGGAUGUGACGCCCAGCAUGAUGGUGGUGUCGGAGGCAGAGGCCGAGCUGCAGAGGGAAGUGGAGGAGCUGAAGCUGCGCCUCCACAUGGCUGCCGAGCACUACAAGGAGAAGUACCGGGAGUGUCAGCGCCUCCGGAGGCAGGUGGCCAAACUGAACACAACAGAGUCGCAGGGGGAGCAAAAGAGAAACGCAUCCACCGAGACGACUCUGGACCCACUGACCCCUAGUCCAGAAUCACCCACAGCAGGGGAUAUAGCUACUACAGUGAUACAAGAAGCCACAGAGAUGACAAUCACCGUGGAACUCCAUAACAAGGAACCCACAUACUCCGACAACAAUACAGAGAGGGAGGAAAGGCAGAGAGAUGAGGUGGAGGUAGAGAGGGAUGCGAAACUGAAGGAAGGCAGCGAAAGAGAAAACGAAGAGGAGGAGGAGGAGAAGAAGAGGGAAAGCCUGCCGGAGGAGAGCCUGAGGAUGACGAGCUGGGUGGAGGUGGAGAACGAGAGGCUGAGUGCCGAGUGCGUCGUGGAAAGGGCGCCGGACGCGGGAGGAGUCGGGGAUGGCGGCGCCGGGGAGCAGGGGCUGCUGGAGGAGGAGGAGGAGGAGGAGGAGGAUGAGGAUGCAGAGGAGGAGGCGGAGAAGGAGCAGACUCGCUCGGUGGAGGAGGAGCUGGCGAUGAUGGAGGAGAAGUGGAGGGAGCAGUGCGCAAUCAACGAGACGCUCAAGCAGCGGCUGGCCGACGAGGAGGAGCGCUUCAGAGUGCAGAUGGCCGAGCGAGCCAGCGAGGUGACCGAACUCAAACGCAACCUCGCCCAGGCUCUCAGAGACAAGGAGCAGCUGCAGGAGGAGCUCCAGCGUUACGUGUCCAGGCAGCGGGAGCAGGAGGUUUGCGCUCAGGGCGCCGAGGUCAGGCAGCCGAUGGUGCUCCGCUACCCUCUGCCCUACCCCCAGGACCCCUCCCCUCCGCCCCUGGUGCCGCAGAGGCCCGCCGAGCUGCAGUACGGCAAUCCCUACUCCACCGACACCACGAGAGACCGGGUGGACGUCGCACUCUCUCCCGAGCACGUGCCCCGUCCUCCGCCCGAGGCCCCGCCCUGCGCCGCUCCCUGCGCUCCCCCGAUCACGCCACCCAGCCCGGGCCCGGGAGCGCCGGGCUGGAGCAGAGAGGUCGUCUGCAUCCAGCCGUCCCGCAGCACGAGUCCUCCCGAGAACGUCGAGCAUCCCCCAGAGGAGCCGCAGAACGUGAGUGAUGGGGCUCAGCCACCUUGUGAUCAUCAGUCCAGUAGACGCAGCGAAGCCAGGAGCAGCUUCUGUUUCGACUCCAGCACCGACGUCCACAAGCGGUGCCCUCUGUGCGAGGUGAUCUUCCCCCCGCACUUCGAGCAGCGCAGCUUCGAGCAGCACGUGGAGAGCCACUGGAAGGUGUGCCCCGUCUGCUCCGAGCAGUUCCCGCUCAACUGUCAGCAGCAGCUCUUCGAGAAGCACGUCCUCACGCACUUCGACGGCCACGUGCUCAACUUCGACCAGAUCGAAUGAAGGGGGAGGGGGGCGGAGGACGGCGGGUUAUGCUGUUAGGUCACCUUGAUUCGGGUCCAGUUAAGUUGUCUCGUUGAUGUACAAUCAUUAGCACUUUGUUUUGCGAUCUUUAAGGUUUCGAAAGAAUGUAGUCAGGCGUUUGUGCUGUGGCGGCUACUCCACCAACGUGUUUAGUUUUAUCUAGGGUAGCUCACACUUUAACACACUACAAGUACAGGAUCAUUAACUUUUUUUUUUUCGUUUAAUCGUUUUUAAUGCUCAUAGUUUUCCUUCAGUGGACUAAAGCACCAUUUGAAGUGCAUGCAUAUAGUCUGUGUUCAGAACAAGUCAUAGCCACAAAAUUUCUUCCUACUUCUCGAGUGAAUUGUAGCAGAAAGUUGAGCUUUGGAGAAGGAAAAAAAAAAAACACUAUAGUCUCUUAACGUCCCCGUUCUUUGAGAACGCCGAACGCGCAUCCAAGAAGUGAUAAAGCAGCCGAGAGAUGUUCUAAUCGUCCACAGAAUUUGAUGAGAGAGAUGAGGUGGCGGUUUUUAAAAGUGUAAAUGCGGAGUGAGAGGAGAAUACCUGCCGAGUGUGUACAUAUAACCGAGGAGACGCGGUGAUUUUCACCCGUGCUGUUGUACGUAUGAGUUUUGCAGAGAUGGUUUAAACAAAAAAAACAAAAACAGCACUACGUUUUCAUGUAUCUGCACUAAAUAAGGCUUUAUUCUGAAUGUACUGUACAUAAAUGAAAAUAAGUUGUGGAGAGACCUGUGAAUUACUGUCGUGAACCUUCCUCCCCUUCAUCCUUACCUCCCUGUGAUGAAAGAAGGACUGACCAAUGAUGUUUUACUUCCUGGUGUGCACUUUCUGCUCUCAGGUCGGCAGGCGAGGAGCUGUGCUUGAGAGACGGCCGUUUUAGACUGCAGGACACUUUUAACGUUGCGUACUUUCAUGUUUUAAAGUUGUGAAGAAAACGUCAUUGCUUCUGUGCACCAGUCUGUCGGCCCUCGUGACUGAAUGUCACUUCUAUAUGUGUCUUCACGGGGCUUCAUACCACCGCUCGUCUAUUUUCGGGUCAUUACGAUGUGUUCCCUGACCGUGUUGUAUUCAGGCUUUAAAAAAAAGAAAAAAGAAAAACUGCACAUGCCCAGUAAUCACAAGGCAAAUCUGUAUGUGUGUGUGUGCGUGUGUGCGUGUGUCAUGUGUCUGAUGCAGCCUUUUUCCAUGUGAGAAUGUCAGGACGCUGGUUUAAGUGUGUACUGCAAAAGAUCUUUAUGAAUAAAGUAAGCUUGUCGAAACGCA